AAAGUAAACCACUCAGAUAAGAUUGCUGUGUGUGAACGUAACAGAUGCAUUUUUGUGUUACAUAUGUAAAUGACAUAUUAUAUGUGUUAUUAAUGCCCACGUUAACUGAACACGGGGACCAGUGAACUAGUUAAUCUUUUUAUUUGUGUUAGACAAGGUCACCAAACUAGUCUGCAAUAUAAGCAAAAGGAUGUUUCACCGGUGCACGAUAGAUAGAUUUGUGUUAAGUUUGUGUUGUAUUAUUGUGAUAUGUAAUGGUAAUAUAAUUGAUCUUAACAUGUAUAAGGACGUCAUCGUUUACCAACACAACGACUUCAGAACAACAGAAUAUGCUGCCAAUAUGAACAGAUUGGUUUGGAGUGACAGAUUAGCUAACGAAGCCGCUCAUUGGGUCGACAGAUGUAGAUUUGAACAUCAAAAUGGCGAAAGAGGCGAAAAUAUAUUCUAUAGCAACUACAAACAGAACACAAGGGAUUUGAUAUUAGCAGGUUUGGAUGAUUGGCACGAGGAAAGGUCAACAUGGCGCUGGACUAAUGGCGAUUGUGGAUCUGCUUGCCACUAUACACAGAUGGUCUGGGGUAACACAACAACGGUUGGCUGUGCUGCUAAACGAUGUGAAUUACUCUAUGAUAAAGGCCGAUUGGUGAAGGACACAUUUUUCAUGGCUUGCUACUAUUACCAAAAAGGUAACAUAAUGGGAUUUUAUCCCUUUGAGACAGGUCCAUCUUGUACUAAAUGUCCAGCUGGAUUCAGAUGUGAUCGUUUAUUGUGUAAAUCCGUGUAUGACAUUCCUACAAAGACACCAACACCAAAGCCAAAGCCAAAGCCAAGAAUAAUCACGGAGAAGCCCCCAACAACAACUCCUCCUGCUCCGAGUAAAAGCCCGUCUUCAACUGCUGCGUGUGCGGAUCGUUUAGACAGCUGUAGCAGUUGGAAGCAUAGCUGUUCUACCAACCAAGCAGUCAGAAUAUCCUGUCCCAAAACAUGCAACCAGUGUAACCCAUGGGCACAGCCACAGAAUUUACAAGCAACUUCAGUGCCUUGUGACGAUGAUAAAAAAUUUGCUUCAAGUUGUAAUUACUGGGCUAAACUCAACUACUGCAAGCACAACAAGUUAAUGAGAGAGGUGUACUGCAUUAAAACAUGUAAAACUUGCUAUUAGAUGUUACAUAGUACUUAAUAUUUAUCAUUGAACGUGCUAUAUAGAACUUAAUAUUUGUCAUUGAACGUGCUAUUAAAUAUUACAUAGUACUUAAUAUUUAUCAUUGAAGGUGCUAUUAGAUAUUAUUUAGAACUCAUUUUUUAUCAUUGAACAUGUUAUUAAAUAUUAUAUAGAACUCAUUUUUUUAUCAUUAAACAUGUUACUAAAUACCAUAUUAAACUCAAUAUUUUACAUUGAACAUGUUUAUCAUUGAAGAUGUUACUAAACACCAUAUAAAACUCAAUAUUUUACAUUGAACGUGUUUAUCAUUGAACACGUUACUAAAUACCAUAUACAACUCAAUAUUUUACAUUGAACAUGUUUAUCAUUGAACAUGUUACUAAACAUUAUAUGGAACUCACUAUGAAUCGUUACUAAUUAUUAUAUAGAACUCAAUAUUUCGUAUUGAGCAUAUUACUUGAUUUUAUUCCAAAAAUAGUAAGUUAUAUCGCGGGAAAUGUACUUCAAAUGCCAUUAACUAUGCCUGGCUGUUCCAUGUGCCUCCCUAUAUCACCCCAAAAUAAGCAAAUAAUAACCAAAUACUACUAAAUA